AAAAUCCACAAACAUAAAUUGCCAACCAUAGACUCGUCUCCCUCUCCCGACCCGAACGAUUUCCGGAAAGAGACCCUAAACUGGUCCCUCUAGCGAUUAUAGAGCUCUAGACGAUGGUGUCGCAGUCUCCGAAUCUGGAGUGCCGGAUGUACGAGGCGAAGUACCCGGAGGUGGACAUGGCGGUGAUGAUACAGGUGAAGAGCAUCGCGGACAUGGGGGCGUACGUGUCAUUGCUCGAGUACAACAACAUCGAGGGGAUGAUCCUGUUCUCGGAGCUCUCGCGUCGUCGGAUUCGCAGCGUGAGCAGCCUGAUUAAAGUGGGGCGGAUCGAGCCCGUGAUGGUGCUGCGGGUGGACAAGGACAAGGGCUACAUCGACCUCAGCAAGAGGAGGGUCUCCGAGGAGGACAUCCAGACCUGCGAGGAGAGGUACAAUAAGAGCAAGCUCGUCCACUCCAUCAUGCGCCACGUGGCCGAGACUAUGGGUAUCGAUUUGGAGGAUCUGUAUAUCCAUGUAGGCUGGCCUUUAUACCGGAACCGGAAAUAUGGUCAUGCUUUUGAGGCAUUCAAAAUAAUUGUGACGGAUCCUGAUUCUGUUCUGAAUUCUCUUACCCGCGAAGUCAAAGAAAUUGGCCCUGAUGGAAAGGAGGUGACUAAGGUGGUUCCUGCUAUGUCGGAGGAUGUGAAAGAAGCUCUGGUAAAAAAUAUUAGGAGAAGGAUGACCCCACAACCAUUGAAGAUUCGGGCUGACAUUGAAAUGAAAUGCUUCCAGUUUGAUGGUGUUCUUCACAUCAAGGAUGCCAUGCGGAAAGCUGAAGCUGCUGGCAAUGAUGAAUGUCCUGUGAAAAUUAAAUUGGUUGCUCCUCCACUUUAUGUUCUUACCACUCAGACUCUUGACAAGGAGCAAGGAAUUUCAGUUCUCAACAGAGCAAUUGAAGUUUGCACUGAAGCAAUAGAAAAGCAAAAGGGGAAACUCAUCGUGAAGGAGGCGUCCAGAGCAGUGAGUGAACGAGAUGAUAAACUACUUGCUGAGCACAUGGCCAAGCUACGUGAGGAUAAUGAAGAAAUUAGUGGUGAUGAGGAUAGUGAAGAAGAGGAAGACACAGGUAUGGGAGAAGUUGAUGUGGAGAAUGCUGUUCCUGGCAUUACAGAGUGAGAUAGCAUAGAGCGACUUUUUUCACUUUAAAUUUCUUGAUUGAAAAGUUUUUGUUGGCUUGUUUUGUUUUUGUUGUAAACUAUAGCUCUUUUUAGUAGGGUACAACCAAUUUCAAAGUCUGCAUUGUUGAGGUAUUUUACCAAUUCACCAACUGAUUGAGUAGUUUUUCAA